GAAGUCGGCUAGAGUCAGUCCAAACAAGAGGAUACAAUAGUUUAAAUAUGCCUACCUGCAUUUUUGUUAAUAAUAGUAAAUAAUGUUUGUUCAAUUGUUCCCAUCGUAAGAAUGGCAUCCAAAGUAUCGUUUCUUUUGAAGUCAACGUCAGUUAUCGCAUUGUCUACAAGAAAUAUCAAUUGCUUGGUCGCUGCAAUUACUAAGCCACACAGAAAGGUUUACUUGAAGCAGUUUAUGACAGUUCUUCAACAUCCAGAUGGUAGUACAAUAAAAAUAAGAUACCAUGAGCCAAUAGGUAUUAUUAGGCUUCCAUUAGAUUUGAGCAAAUUAUCAGAGAAAGAACGAAAAGCUAUAUUGUUAGAACGUCAGCCAACGCCUAAAAAGAUAGUAGAUGAUUGUGAAAUAGAAAAUACCUUUGAUGAGAAUCGUUACUUAAAAUUUUGAAUUAUUCAUUAGCAAGU